AAUCACACAAUAAAUCAUCGUCUACAGUACCAUCAAGUCAUCCAGAAUUCACUUCACCAAAUACUGCAAAUAGAUCAACCUUCAUCUCACCAAUCAGAACAACAAAUCCAUCAACCCCAUUCAAUGUUAAAAAUGCACCAAGGAAAAAGAUUAAAAUAAAAAAUAGACCUAGGAAAAAACUUUUUUCAGCUGACAUCUCUGAUAAUCUAAAUGAAGCUGAAAAUAUGCUGCCAGAUGUUUUACUGUUCUGUACAAAAUAUAAUAUCGAAGCAGAAUUCCUCAUGUUACUAGUACUAAAUGUAAUGGCAAAUGACAAAAUACCGGGUGGCAACAUUGCUUUACAUUUAUUGUUUGAUGUCGCCAAAUGGUACGCUCAAAAGUCUACAUGUGCUAUGCAGUAUAGUAACGAAUCACUACUAUUUUGGAAAGUGGGGUUAAAACUAUUCCAAGGUAAAUUUAUCAGAUUUAUGAGGGGAAGCAAACUAGGUGGGUCAGCUAGAUCCGAUGAAACUAAGCAAGAAAGAGAAUUAAAUCCAGAAGACUCCACGAUAAACUUUGCUGUGCCGAGUGAUCAUGUCCUGAGAAACUUCAGUGGUGUUGAAUGUUCAAUCCCUAAGGUGUUGAAGCCAGGGACCACGCGUUUGAUGCAACUAGCAGAGCAAAGAGAAAACAGCGUAAGUUCAAACCACAAGAUGUCUCUAAUCCCAGAGCGCCAUCUAGAGGAGCAUUGCCCAUUAGGCAAUUCCAUAAAGUCGAUGAGUCUAAAAUUCUUCCAACGAAAAGACUUGGAAUUGAUUUGA